AUGUCAGAAAUCGCUCCUGAAAGCAAAGACAGUGAGAUCUUCCAGGCAGCUUCAUGGACUGAACUGAACAUCAACAACAUCUUCCACAUGUCGUCGAUACAGUCCGCCCUGCAAACCCAGGCGCGAGACGCUUACCGGCGAAAGGACUACAAAAAUGCAGUCGACCUUUUCAGCCGAGCCAUAGGCCGUACACCUUCCGUUCAGCUCUACGACACUCGCGCCGCUUGCCACGACAAGCUCGACGACCUACCCGCGGCGCUUCAAGAUGCCAAACGAGCGAUUCAACUGUGUCGUGAGGAUCCUACUGGCUACCUUCGAGCAGGCAAAGUCCUCGUGAAGAGUGACAAGAAGAAGGCGGCAUUGGACAUCUAUGCGUAUGGAUUGGGCCGCGUGAAGCACGUAGGCGCUGGCUACGAACAGCUGAAGAAAUCUCACGAUGAUCUACAAGGUGAAUUGGCGCCGCAGAACAGCUUGGACCCGUUCACGGUUCUGCCGCGGGAAUUGGCUCUACUCAUACUCGAGCACCUUUCAUUCCGACAACGAAUUCUGGUGACCAAGGUCAGCAAGGACUGGAAGACAUUCAUUCACAGCGAACCGAACUUGUGGCAACAUCUUGACUUGACUGGAGGAAAGCUCAAGGUGUCUACCAAGUUUGUGAGCAAGGCCAUCAAUGUCGCUCGUGGAAAAAUCACAUCAGCAACACUGAACCGACUGUGGGAUUUUGACAAGGUGUUGAAUGCUUUGGUGAAGCAUUGCCCGAUCGAAAGGCUCACCAUCGGUGACGUCGGUAUGCUACCUCCCGACAUCGACGCACCACUCGCGAAAGCAAAGGUGCUGAAAGAGCUUCGAAUCUUGCCCGGAACGACACUCGCCAACAACGACGUUUGGGACCUCUUGCCGCGUUGUCAAAGCACACUGCAAGUGCUCGAAAUCGCGGAGCCGCUGACUCCAGGUAGGCCCAUGCGACGGACGAUGCCGAAUUUCAGUCAAUUGAGAAAGCUCGAUAUCACCAUCGGGACAAGCUACCGUCCGAAUGAAACGAUGGAGUUCCUUGCUGCUCUUACCCAGGGCGCACCUUUAAUGGAACACUUUAGAUUUCACCUGGUCAAUGCCAAUUGGGUGUCUCUGCAGGUCGACCUCACAGACUUCAAGUGCUUGAAAACGGCAGAUCUGAGCAUGCCAAUCGAUGUUGGACAAAGUCUUCGCGUACCACAAUCGCUGGAACGACUGUAUCUCCAGUCCAGCGUGCACGGAGACUUCAUCGGGCUUUACAGUCCAGCUCACGACAUUGCGGAGCUUCAACGCGGGUUGAGUCUCAUCGAUCUUCCACAAUUAUCACGUCUAGGUCUUCGCUGUCCCGGGCUCAAGAUGAUUCACCUCGAACAUUUUUUCGAACGACGAUCUCUGGUCAAUACAUCGGAUCUGCUGACUGCGCUCGCCCCCAUUGUCGAGUUCUCGCUCCUCCGACCGGUGUUUCCAGAUCGCGAUGUUGAGAUCGCACUACCGAAACGUCUCCGCACCGACUUGGAGUCUUUGACCAUUAUCGACUGUCUGGAGCUCGACGAUCGUCGCCUGCUAGAGCUGAUCACUCAAUUACCGAAGGUUAGUUUCGUCAACAUAUCCGGCAGUGGCGUUACCGGUGCAGGAGUGAAGGAUAUCAUCCUGGAACGUGGCACAAUUCAACAUGUAGUCUUGCAUGACUGCUUGAAAGUGUCGAGAGACGCCAUUGACUGGGCGAGAGCGAAGGGUGUGAAGGUGGAACACCGGACUUCGUCCGAAGGCAAUGGCGGGAGAAGAGUGCGACACUAA